UAAAAUUCAUAAGCUUAGCUUCAUCAUCACCAUCUUCUUCAUUCGGUCUUCAGCUUUCCACACAGAUCUUCAGUUCAGCUUUGAGUUUCAUUUCUUCUUAAUUGAUUGUGUUUAUAAUAAUAUAUAUACUUUUUUUUUAAAUAUUGGGUUUAAUAUUUUACUUGAUCUGGGGUGAAGAAUUGUUGGGCUUUGGGAAAAACAAAAAUUCUUGAUUUUCUGAGGAAAAUUAUAUGUGGGGUUUGAUUCAAUCGAGGAAAAGACUCGAACUUUGCAAAUUGUAAACCUUUUUUUCUGGAGCGAAAAUGUGUAUCUGGUAAAACUGUUGAUUUGAUCGAGAGAGAGAAAAAAAAGCAUUUUUAUCAGCUUCAGGUGGAUCAACUUUUUCCCUCUACCAUUGGAGAAGAAGAAGAUUAAAGGCAUUUACAUCAUAUAGUUACCUGAGCUUUGGACUUUGGUGACGAAUUGUUAAUGCUCAAUAUGGAGGUAUGUUGUGACAUUGCAUAAGUUUGAAACAGUCCAGGUGGAGCUGAGUGGACAGGUUACUGUUUUUGGAUAUAUACAGAAAGGCACAUAAUUGAGAGUGGAGGAGGUUGUCAUUACUUUGAUUUUGAUUUUAUUGUAUCAAAAUGGGGAUUCAGUGCUCCACACUCGUGCCAUGUUGCGUGGAUUCACAAGUUAAGGCAUCUAUUCUUGAAGCUCCAGAUGCUGAAAAUGGAGACAGAAAUGAGGCCAAUCAUGGGCCUGUAUUUCGUGAAUUUACAUUGGAGCAACUUAAGAAUGCAACAUCUGGUUUUGCUGCUGAGAAUAUAGUAUCUGAACAUGGAGAGAAGGCUCCUAACGUUGUUUAUAAAGGGAAGAUGGAGAAUCAAAUGAGGAUUGCUGUUAAGCGGUUUAAUAGAAAUGCUUGGCCUGAUGCUCGGCAGUUUUUGGAGGAAGCUAGAUCAGUUGGUCAGCUUCGUAACCAGAGGUUGGCAAAUUUGCUUGGUUGUUGCUGUGAAGGCGAUGAGAGGUUGCUUGUGACCGAAUAUAUGCCCAAUGAAACGCUGGCAAAACACCUUUUCCAUUGGGAAACACAACCGAUGAAAUGGGCAAUGCGACUAAGAGUUGUUCUACAUCUUGCACAAGCACUAGAAUACUGCACAAGCAAAGGGCGUGCCCUCUAUCAUGACCUCAAUGCAUAUAGAGUUCUAUUUGAUGAGGAAUGUAAUCCUAGGCUUUCAAGUUUUGGCCUGAUGAAGAAUAGUAGGGACGGGAAAAGUUAUAGCACAAAUUUGGCGUUUACCCCUCCGGAGUAUCUCAGAACUGGGAGAGUAACACCAGAAAGUGUUAUAUAUAGCUUCGGCACUCUUUUGCUGGAUCUUCUUAGUGGGAAGCAUAUCCCCCCAAGUCAUGCUCUUGAUUUGAUUCGGGACAGAAAUCUUCAGAUGCUAACAGAUUCUUGUUUGGAAGGACAAUUUUCUGAUGAUGAUGGAACUGAGUUAGUGCGGUUGGCAUCUCGAUGUUUGCAGUAUGAACCUAGAGAACGACCUAAUCCGAAGUCAUUAGUGGCUGCUUUGGCUCCUCUUCAGAAAGAAACAGAGGUUCCUUCACACUUAUUGAUGGGUAUGGCACAUAGUGCUACUUUUGCUUCAUUAUCUCCACUUGGUGAAGCAUGUUCAAGAAAGGACUUGACUGCUAUACAUGAAGUUCUCGAAAGUAUUGGCUAUAAAGAUGAUGAAGGAGUAGCAAAUGAGUUAUCAUUCCAGAUGUGGACUGAUCAAAUGCAGGACACACUAAAUUCUAAGAAAAAAGGGGAUGCUGCUUUCCGACACAAAGACUUUAGAUUAGCAAUUGAGUGCUACACACAGUUCAUUGAUGUUGGAACAAUGAUUUCUCCAACAGUCCAUGCACGGCGCAGUUUGUGUUAUCUCUUCAGUGACAUACCUCAGGAAGCACUGAAUGAUGCAAUGCAAGCACAAGUGAUUUCCCCCAUAUGGCACAUUGCAUCUUAUCUUCAAUCUGUUUCACUGGCUGGACUUGGAAUGGAGAAUGAAGCUCAAGCAGCACUUAAAGAGGGUACAACACUUGAAGCCAAGAGAAAUGCACAUGCUGGACAAAAGUGAAGAGUUUGUACAGAGACCAGUUUCUUGCUGAUUGUGUGUUCUGCAUCAUGACCAGUACACAACCCACAGCAUUGAUUAUAGAUUUCAUCUUGGAUGUGCAAUAAGAUGCAUCCCCAUCAAAAAGUUCAUAUUUGUGUGUCAUACAUGUGUUUUGAGGAGUUAUUGAAGAGACAAUGUUUUGAUGAGUGUUGAUAACACUGCUCCCCCUUUUCAUUGGGUAAAGCUUGGAUGUUGGUUUAGUUCUUACUAUGAUUUGAUUGCUGGCACAUGAAUCCAAAUUUAGCAUUAUCAUUAUAUUCACCCUUUUGUAACAUGAAAAAUAUGUGAUAGUGAAAAGCUGUGUUGUAAUGCUGAGUACUUUGUUU